CUCACCACGUUUACAUCGUACUUUACUCUUUGCUCUCUUUGGAUUAUUUACUUGUUAUCAUGAGGUUCGACAGAAUGAAAAGUCUUACCACCACCCAGGAGAGGACUCCUAGCCCUAAGAACAGUGAUCGAAGGAUCUCCAAACCUUUGAUUGAGAAGAAAAGACGCGCCCGCAUCAAUGCCAGCCUCUGCGAACUGAAAACACUUCUCGAGGUCGUUCUUGGCGAAGAGGUUCCACGCGAAUCCAAGAUGGAGAAAGCUGACGUAUUGGAGCUUGCUGUCCGCCAUUUACGCGAUGUCAACAGAACCAGGCUCAAUGUUGCCGCCUCAGCUGACCCAACUGUCCUUGAUAAAUACCGAGUAGGCUUCAGCGAAUGUGCCUCAGAAAUCGGCCGCUACCUGAACCAGGUUGAUGGCAUGGAGGUGGAUCUCCGGGGCAGACUCCUCGGACAUCUCUCCAACUGCAUGACCGGCCUGAAACACGACCAGGAUUGCCGUCCACGCCCAUUCAUGUCCAUGAUCCCCAACCCUGCCGUCAUCCAGCAACAACAGAUGCACGCCCAGUCUCAGUAUCAAAACAUCGUCCACGCUCACAUGAUGCAACAACAACCAAUGAAAACUAGUCCUACAAUGAAUAUGCAAAUGACCGUGUUACCGCAGCCAAUUGCAAACGGACAUCGUGCAAUGCAUUUGAAUACUAUGCAAAACGGACCUUUACCAAGUGUGCCUCAUGGACAACAACAUCUUCCUGGUGGAGUACUUGUCGCAAAACCUGCCCACGAAGUGCAGUUGUCCCCUAUCUUUGUGAACACUCAUUCACCCAAGGAUGUAAUAUACGCAGACAAUCUUGUGAAACAAGUUAGUCAUUAUGCCCGUCAGCCACAAACUGUCAGCCCGCCAAAACAUAUCUCGCCAUCAAAACCAGAAUCCGGACUUUUAAAAAUCGACACUGCUACUCUAAACCAUAAGUCACUUUCAGUGUCUCCUCCACCUUCACAUUUAUUGGACGCUACUCGUGUUCGUGAUGAGAAAGUUUGGCGUCCAUGGUAACCGAUUCCAAGACAACCCGGUUGCUAAUGACUUGCUUGUACUUAGAAUGCGGACACUUUCAACUACUUAUCCAAAAUGUGCUAGAACCGAUGAUCAGUUCAAAACCUUGUAAAUAGAA